AUGUUCGACCCCGACGCGGACGUCCCCCCCGCGCCGCCGCCGUUCGGCGACGGCGCCGCGUACGCGAUGUCCCCCGACGCCUUCGACGCGCGCGUCGCCGCGUGGCGAGACGUCGCGCGUGACGGAAGUCUCGACAGCGCCAUCCGCGGCUCCGACGCGUGGGCGCGGAUGACGCGCGCGAGGGAACUGCGGAGCAUCGGGCUCGCGGUCGCGCUCGCGAACGUCGUCGCGACCGCGUCCAUGUUCAACGGAGCGACGCGGGCGAUCGAGACGGACCCCGCCGCGGUCGUCGCGGCCCUCGAGGGCGAGUGCGCGCGGGGAGACGACGACGUCUCGUCGUCGUUCUCUCGCGCGCUCUUCCUCCUCGCGCGAACGCUCGCGCGCGUCGCCGCGGCGUGCGCCGCGCUCGUCCUCGCGCGCGUCCUCGCGAGAGCGAAGACGAAGACGAAGACGAAGACGAAGAGAUCGACGACGCGCGUCUUCGCGGCGUCGCCGAGCGCCGCGCGCGUCUCGCCGACGCCCGCGGAGGCGCAUCGCGCGGAGGACGCGGCGCGGUGGUCCGCCGUCUACGACUCGCCGCUGUUCGAAGACGCCCGCGCGUCUUCUUCUUCUUCUCAUCCGACGCCGCUCACGCCGCUCACGCCGCCGCCGUGGCGAUCACCGGCCGCGGCGUCGCCGUCGUGGGGCACCGCCGGUUUGAUGGAAGGACUGUCGCGGCGCAGCGCGUCGCCGUCGCCGUCGCCGUCGCCGCCGCGCUCGCCCGCGGAGAAGAAGCAUCUCUCGUUCGCGCCGCCGCCGCCGCCGCCGCCGCCGCCGACGCGCGGACGCACCGCGCUGUCGCCGCUCGUCGCGCCCGCGCGAUCAAACGCAUCGCCGUCGACCCAGGUGCCGGUGCCGGCGACGCCGCCGUCGACGCUGCGACGCAGCAGGGCGAUGAGUGAGGUCAGACGGACGAUAUCCGCGCGCGCCAACGCGCCGUUGCGCGAGAGAAACGCCGCGGAGCGGGAGCGGUCGCGCUCGGCGGCGUCCACGUCAUCAUCCACGUCAGCGUACACAUACACGUCAGCAUCAUCCACGUCAUCAACACCGAAGAUGAAGAUCAACCGCGCGGCGGUCGCGGCCGCGGAGGACGUCCUUCGCGAGCUCAAAGCGAAGAGCCCGUUUCUCCGCGCCGUCGAGCGAGAGGCGAAGGAACAUGCGCGCGAGAUCCACGAGCUCCGCGCGAAGCUCGAAGCGCUCGACGGCACGUCCGACGCGUCGGAGCUCGCGGCGCUUCGCGCGCACGCGGAGCGCGUCCUCGCGCGCCUGAGCGACGAGCGCGGCGUGCUCGAGCUUCUGCAGUUCCCGACGCACCGGUUGGAGUGCCUGCGCGCGGCGACGAACGAUCGCGACGCGUUGGCGUCGACGCGCGCGGCGUUGGACCGGCUCUUCGUCGCGGAGGAUACAGAGAAAGAGAACGUCGCGCCGUCUAGGGAUAGUCACGACAGCCCGCGGCGGCCGAGGGACAUGCGACGCGCGGAGAAGGCGUUGACGAAGUGCGCGGAGAUCGUGCGCGGCGUGGAGCGAAACGAGGCGGAGUCGAGCGCGAGGUUCGCCGCCGCCGGGGUGCCGUUUUACCGGGACGAGAUCUCGCGGCUGAAGGAGGCUGCGGUAGCGAUGACCGGGCGCGUCCUGCGCGCGGCGCUGAGACGCUCGAACGAGAUGUGGGCGGCGACGCGCGCGAGAGAAGAUGAAGAAGGUGUCGGACGAGAAGAAUGUGGUGUCGGAAACAUGUCGGAAGGUGUCGGAGAAGUGUCGAAAAAACGCGCGGCGGCGUGGAAGCCGCCGACGCCGGUGCGCGGGUCGAGCGAGCUCUGGGCGUUGCGCUUCGCGUCCGAUUUAGCGUACAGAGCGUACUCGUCCUGCGGCGGCGUGGACGACGUCGUGGAGGAUUUGUCACUGAGGGCGUUGGAGGAGAUGCGGGCGUACGGCGACGACGCGUGGGCGGCGGCUUCGAUCACGCCGCCGUCGUCGUUCGGGGACUGA